AUGACUGAGAGCAGAACACACACACUCUUCAUCAUCAUCAUCAUCAUCAUCACACCAGACUCAACUACAGCUAUGAUCAACAUCUGCAUCUGUGUCUGGACUCUGACUCUCUGCAUUCAGGAGAGUUGGGGACAAGUGACAGUGACUCAGAAUCCAGCAGUCAAAUCCAUCACACUAGGAGAAACUCUGACCAUCAGCUGUAAAACCAGUCAGCCCAUAUCUGGCUGUAGUGACUGUGUGUCCUGGUAUCAGCAGAGACCUGGAGAAGCUCCUAAACUCCUCAUCUAUGAUAUAAGCAGGCGUUACUCAAACACUCCAUCUAGAUUCAGUGGCGGUGGAUCUGGCACUGAUUUUACUCUGAGCAUCAGUGAAGUCCAGACUGAAGAUGCUGGAGAUUAUUACUGUCAGAGUUUACACUAUAUCAGUGGUACACUGUGGUACACAUUCGGUGGAGGAACCAAACUGCUGAUCUCAACUGGUCCCCCAGUGAAGCCCUCAGUGUCUCUGCUCGGGUCCUCUUCUCUGCAGAGCUCUGGAGACUCGGCCGCACUGCUCUGCCUGCUCAGCUCUUACUCUCCACAGGGGGCGCAGGUGAAGUGGACACGGGACGGCUCUGAGCUCAGCGAGGGGGUGACCAGUGCAGAGAGCCAGCAGGACGGCCGCUACAGCCUCACCAGCGUCCUGGAGCUCAAGAAAGAAGACUGGGAAGAGCGAGAGCGCUAUGCCUGCAGAGUAUCACAUGCUGGAGGUGAUCAGGUGGUCCCGUUCCCCAAGUGCUAAUCUGUGUGUGUGUGUGUGUGUGUGUGUGUGUGUGUGUUUCAAUAAAGCCUCUUGUUCUUCUGCUCCA